CAUGUGGCCUAUGCCUCAUAUUCCCAUGCAGGAUCCUCUAGUUCGGAAGACAAAGACCAGUCCCUGACAACACAAGGCAUGGCCACUAGAUAUUUGGCCAUAGGAAUGACCUUUUCCCUACAGACUAUUGGAAUCCUGGGGAAUUUCUCUCUGCUUUCCCAUAAUCUCUUCAUUUACUUUGCUGGGUACAGGCUGAGGCCCACACAUUUGAUUGUCAACAACCUGCUUGUGGCCAAUGCCUUGGUUCUGUUCUCUAAUGGAAUUCAUGUUACAAUGAUAUAUUUUGGGUGGUACCACCAUCUCAGUGAUUUUGGAUGUAGAUUUUUCCCCUAUUUACGUGGCAUUGGCAGGGGUGUGUCCAUUGGCACCACCUGCCUCCUGAGUGUCUUCCAGGCCAUCACCAUCAGCCCCACAAACUCCAGGUUGGCAGGGUUUAAACAAAAAGCUCCUGAGUACAUUGUCCCUUUAAUUUCAUUGUGGUGGGUCCUGCAGAUGCUGGUAAAUGUAGUUAUUCCUUUAUUUAUGUCGGGCAAUUUGAGCAACAAAAACAUAACAAAGAGGAAAAAUUGGGGAUUCUGUUCCAGUCUUUAUGCUGAUGAAACCACAGACUCAUUAUUUGCAGCAUUGUUAGCAUCUCCUGAUGUUGUAUGUUUCGUACUCAUACUCUGGGCCAGUGGCUCCAUGGUCUUCAUCCUGUACAGACACCAGCAGAGGGUCCGACACAUUCAUGUAACUCCUAUCUCCUCCCAAUCCUCCCCCGAGUCCAGAGCUACCAAAAACAUCCUUCUCCUGGUGAGCACCUUUGUCUUUUUUAACACACUUUCCUCCACCUUUCUUAUUGCUGUGAUUGUUUUUAAUAAUACCAGCUUGUUUCUCCCUGGUAUCAAUGCAUUAAUUGUUAUGUGUUUCCCAACUUUCAUUCCCUUCUUGAUGAUGACCCAGGACUCCACUGUCUCCAAGUUCAGCUUUGCCUGGAUAAGGAAUGUAAAAUCUCCUAAUCUUAUGAGAAAUAUGUAA